AUGGAGAAUUCUUCUUCAGGGUGGGGCAGAACAUCUCAUUCACCGCCUGUCUUGGAGCUUUCGAGUCAUGGCGGCAGAGGAGCCCGAGGCGCCUUCUCAUCAUCAGCCUGGCGGCACCAGGAAAUGCCUACAAAACCGAACUAUGCGCUCAAACUUACUCUUGAGGGGCACACAGAAGCAGUGUCUUCAGUUAAGUUUAGUCCUGACGGGGAAUGACUAGCAAGUUCUUCUGCUGAUAAAGUAAUUAUAAUUUGGGGAGCAUAUGAUGGGAACUACGAGAAAACCCUAUAUGGCCACCACCUGGAAAUAUCAGAUGUUGCCUGGUCAUCAGAUUCUAGUUGUCUUGUUUCCGCUUCAGAUGAUAAGACCCUGAAGAUAUGGGACAUGAGAUCUGGAAAAUGUUUGAAAACACUAAAGGGACACAAUGAUUAUGUCUUUUGUUGUAAUUUCAAUCCUGCAUCCACGCUAAUCGUUUCAGGAUCUUUUGAUGAGAGCGUGAAAAUAUGGGAAGUGAAAACAGGAAAGUGCCUUAAGACUUUGACUGCUCAUUCUGACCCAGUUUCUGCUGUUCAUUUUAAUAGCACGGGGUCCUUGAUAGUGUCAGGUAGCUACGAUGGCCUCUGUAGAAUCUGGGAUGCUGCCUCAGGUCAGUGUUUAAAAACACUUGCUGUUGAUGACAAUCUUCCUGUCUCUUUUGUAAACUUUUCUCCAAAUGGUAAAUAUAUUCUCAUUUCAACUUUGGACAGUACACUUAAACUGUGGGAUUACAGCAGAGGCAGAUGUUUGAAGACAUACACUGGUCAUAAGAAUGAGAAAUACUGCAUAUUUACCAAUUUUUCAGUUACUGGUGGAAAGUGGAUUUUGUCAGGGGAUAACCUGGUUUACAUUUGGAGCAUUCAGACUAAAGAGACUGUACAGAAAUUACAAGGUCAUACUGAUGUUGUGACUGCAGCAGCUUGUCAUCCUACAGAAAACAUCAUCGCCUCAGCAGCACUGGAAAAUGACAAAACAAUUAAACUAUGGAUGAGUGACUACUAAACCUUUAGAAAUCAAGUAGUAAAGCCAAGCUGCUAAAAAAAAAAAAAUAUAUAU